UCCGGGCUGUCGCCGGCUGCUUCGGGGGGCCGGGCCUCUCCGAGCAGGGGCGACCCCAGCCUGGCUCCGGACGGGCUGGGGUCUGGCCCUGCCAGGAGCGCAGAACGCCGCUGCCAGGUUCCCUGCCAGAGGCCUGCACUCACUCCAGCCCUCGCGCCCCACCACCAUCGGCUGUCCGCGGAGAACACAGAUGCUGGCCGCUCCCUGGGGGUGUCGCUGUGCACAGAGGUGAGCCCAGGCCAGCAUGGGGGACUCCAGGGACCUUUGCCCUCACCUUGACUCCAUAGGGGAGGUGACCAAAGAGGACUUGCUGUUCAAAUCUAAGGGAGCCUGUCAGUCGUGUGGUGUUACUGGACCGAACCUGUGGGCCUGUCUCCAGGUCUCCUGCUCCUAUGUUGGCUGCGGAGAAUCCUUCGCUGACCAUAGCACCAUUCACGCUCAGGCAAAAAAGCACAACCUGACAGUGAACCUGACCACGUUCCGGGUGUGGUGUUACGCCUGUGAGAAGGAAGUGUUCCUGAAGCAGAGGCUGGCAGCACCCCUGGCGGGCCCCUCGCCCAAAUUCUCGGAGCAGGACCCUCCGCUGCCCUCGCACCCUCUGAAAGCUGUCCCUAUUGCCGUGGCCGACGAAGGAGAGUCCGAGUCAGAGGAUGAUGACCUGAAACCUCGAGGCCUCACGGGUAUGAAGAACCUCGGCAACUCCUGCUACAUGAACGCCGCCUUGCAGGCCCUGUCCAACUGCCCUCCGCUCACCCAGUUCUUCUUGGAAUGUGGAGGCCUGGUGCGCACAGACAAGAAGCCAGCCCUGUGCAAAAGUUACCAGAAGCUGGUCUCUGAGGUCUGGCACAGGAAACGCCCAAGCUACGUGGUUCCCACCAGCCUGUCUCACGGGAUCAAGUUGGUCAACCCGAUGUUCCGAGGCUAUGCCCAGCAGGACACCCAGGAGUUCCUGCGCUGCCUGAUGGACCAGCUGCACGAGGAGCUCAAGGAGCCCGUGGUGGCGGCCGCGGCGGCACUGGCCGAGGCCCGGGACUCAGACUCGAGCGACACGGACGAGAAGCGCGAGGGCGACCGGAGCCCGUCCGAGGACGAGUUCCUGUCCUGUGACUCGAGCAGCGACCGGGGUGAGGGCGACGGGCAGGGCCGUGGCGGGGGCGGCUCGCAGGCCGAGGCGGAGCUGCUGACCCCCGACGAGGCGGGCCGCGCCAUCUCCGAGAAGGAGCGCAUGAAGGACCGCAAGUUCUCCUGGGGCCAGCAGCGCAGCAGCUCGGAGCAAGUGGACGAGGACGCCGACGUGGACACGGCCAUGGCCGCCCUCGACGACCAGCCCGCAGAGGCCCGGCCGCCGUCGCCGCGGUCCCCCAGCCCCUGCCGGACCCCAGAGCCGGACAACGAGGCCCACAUGCGCAGCGCCUCCCGCCCCUGCAGCCCCGUGCGCCGCCACGAGGGCCACGCCAAGCUGGCCAGCAGCCCCCCUCGGGCGAGCCCCGUGAGGAUGGGGCCGUCGUACGUGCUCAAGAAAGCCCAGGUACCGAGUGCCGGCAGCCGGAAGCGGAGGGAGCAGCACUACCGCAGCGUCAUCUCCGACAUCUUCGACGGCUCCAUCCUCAGCCUCGUGCAGUGUCUCACCUGUGACCGUGUGUCCACCACGGUAGAGACGUUCCAGGACCUGUCGCUGCCCAUUCCUGGCAAGGAGGACCUGGCCAAGCUGCACAUCUACCAGAACGUGCCAGCCAAGCCGGGCGCCUGCGGGGACGGCUACGCCGCCCAGGGCUGGCUCGCCUUCAUCGUGGAGUAUAUCCGGAGGUUUGUGGUAUCCUGUACCCCCAGCUGGUUUUGGGGGCCGGUCGUCACCCUGGAAGACUGCCUUGCUGCCUUCUUCGCUGCUGAUGAGCUGAAGGGCGACAACAUGUACAGCUGUGAACGGUGUAAAAAGUUGCGGAACGGGGUGAAAUACUGUAAGGUCCUGCGGCUGCCCGAGGUCCUGUGCAUCCACCUGAAGCGCUUUCGGCACGAGGUCAUGUAUUCGUUCAAAAUCAGCAGCCGCGUCUCCUUCCCCCUCGAGGGGCUUGACUUGCGUCCGUUCCUGGCCAAGGAGUGCGUGUCGCGGAUCUCCACCUACGACCUCCUCUCUGUCGUCUGCCACCACGGCACGGCGGGCAGUGGCCACUACAUCGCCUACUGCCAGAACGUCAUCGACGGGCAGUGGUACGAGUUCGAUGACCAGCAUGUCACUGAGGUCCACGAGACGGUGGUGCGGGACGCCGAGGCCUACGUCCUCUUCUACAGGAAGAGCAGCGAGGAGGCCGUGCGGGAGCGGCAGCAGGUGGUAUCCCUGGCCGCCCUGCGGGAGCCCAGCCUGCUGCGGUUCUACGCGUCCCGGGAAUGGCUUAACAAGUUCAACACCUUCGCGGAGCCGGGGCCCAUCACCAACCACACCUUCCUCUGCUCCCACGGAGGCAUCCCGCCCAACAAAUACCACUACAUCGACGACCUGGUAGUGAUCCUGCCCCAGAACGUCUGGGAGCACCUCUACAACAGGUUUGGGGGCGGCCCUGCCGUGAACCAUCUGUAUGUGUGCUCCAUCUGCCAGGUGGAGAUAGAGGCACUGGCCAAGCGCAGGCGGAUUGAGAUCGACACCUUCAUUAAGCUCAACAAAGCCUUCCAGGCCGAGGAGUCCCCCAGCGUCAUCUACUGCAUCAGCAUGCAGUGGUUCCGGGAGUGGGAAGCCUUUGUCAAGGGCAAGGACAAUGAGCCCCCCGGGCCCAUUGACAACAGCAGGAUCGCACAGGCCAGGGGAAGCGGCCACAUUCAACUGAAGCAGGGAGCAGACUAUGGGCAGAUUUCGGAGGAGACCUGGGUCUACCUGAACAACCUGUAUGGCGGUGGCCCCGAGAUCGCCAUCCGACAGAGUGUGGCCCAGCUCCAGGACCCAGAGAGCUUACACGGGGAGCAGAAGAUCGAAGCCGAGACCCGGGCCGUGUGACUUGGUGGGCCAGUCUGCCCCUGCCUUCGCCCUCCUCCCGGCAGAGGGCGCGUUUGUACCCCGAAGACGGGCCGGCCACUUUGGAAACCCAGAUGUGUAAAGAGGCAGAAAAGUUGUUUCGGUUCAAGUGAGUCGUGCCACAACCGGGAAGCGCAUCCACCGCAGGCUGUUCAAACGGCCGAGGCUCCGCGACAUUCGUUAACUUGGGUGUCCGUCCCCGUGUGCCACAAGCGUUGUGUCCCCAACCUGCCCUCGCGCUAACUCGGGCCCAGCUUUUGUCCCUGGGGCUCGCAGUCAGGGACCGUGGCCGUCCAGCACCCGGACUCACAGCCCAGAGCUGGGGAGCAGGGUGCCGAGCACGCGAGGUCGGGGUGCGGGGGCCAGCUCCUCCCUGGGCCCCGCUUCGCCCGACUCCGUGGUCACAGACAGGCUCCGGAGUCCCACACUGCUGUCAGCGUUUCUCCUGCACACUAACGACUCACGCGCGAUCGGGAUCCGGGGUGGGGGUAGGACUUGUCAGUAGAGAUGGUUCCUGGAGGCAGCUCCGUCCCUGUGCUGCCCACGGAUUGGCUGGAGCUUGCCCCCACCGGGGAACCGGAUGACGAGACAGAGGUCCCCCGCUGUCACUGUCUCUUGCUGCUCACGCGGCUUCCCUGGGGGCUGGCGCUACAAAACAUAAGCUACCCCUUUCUCCCCGCACUGUUGCGCACCCGUCGUGGAAGUAUGUUCUGGAUGAUGCCGAGCGAGGCCGCGGCUGGGGCGGUCGGGGUGAGCACGGGGGGCCUGGGUCUUGCUUCCCGCGGCACUGAAGCCCCUGGAUGAAGCAGCUGGGGCGGCUGCCCCCGGGGCCAGAGGGAGUGGGGGAUGGGGAAGGGGUCCUGGAACCGAAGCCCCCACACGCCGUGGCCUUCAGUCUCCGUAGAAGCAGAUGUCGGUGGAACUGCCAGGCCGUUCAGGCAGAGCCCCGAGGCUCUCGAAGCUGAAGCUCGCAGCUCGCUCCUGCCGUCUCUACCUGGCUCCUUCCCCACCGAGGCAGCAUGUGAUCAAAGAACCAGCCGCUGUGGAAUCCCUUGACCUUUGUCACAGUCUUCAGAGAGCCGCAGCGGCCACCGCGCCUCAGAGCCGGGCGGCCGCACGUCACCCUGGCCGGGACGCACAGAUUCCGCGCCAGGUUGUGAGCUCGCCCCAGGUCUGCGCGGCCUCGUUUGUGUCCAGAAUGUCAUAAUAAAUACGUAUGCGUCUCCCACA